AUGAACCCACAGGACAACGAGAAUUCGAAUAGUCAAUUCUUCGACUCUCCUCUCAUGAAUCAGAAUAAUCCGAUGGAUGAUGGUCUUCUGUCGAGACCAAUGAACAACGAGACCCUCCAGGCGGUUUUGGAGUUUUUAAGAAAAAACGGACUGUCCGAAACGGAGGAACAGUUGACACGGGAGGCGGGGCCUGUGUUGAGGAAUGAGGGAACCAGUGGAUUGCCGCCCGAAGAAGCGAUAUCCGUUGAAUUCGAUGCAUUUGUGAAGCACGCGAAUGAGUGUUCAGAUGUGAUACAAGCAGAGUUCAGUCAGCUGAUAUUCCCAAUAUUUGCUCAUAGUUAUAUUGCUUUGAUGGAUAAACAUCCGGAUACCGCCAGGAAAUUCUUCAAUCGAUUCAAAAUAUUCAUUCCCGAAUGUUUCUCGGAAUUCGUUCAUAAACUGUCACUAAUUGAAGACCAAAUGACAAUGAGACCGAAUGAAUAUGUGAGAGUUCUCAGGGAGAAUAAGGUUCUCGUCAAAUUAUCCAAACCGACUCAGAAACAUUUGGAAUCGAUUCAGACGAGACUUAUUGGCGUCAAGAAUAUCAUUGCAAAGCAUAUCAAUAUUGAAAGCGCCGACGAGGGAGCAAUGAGUCGAACGAUGAUUGAGAGUCAAAUGGGCGGAAUACUGGGAGUAAUUGGGAAAGGAGAACGGAGACACAAAAUGUUAUUCUCAGUUGUGAAAGACGAAUUGAUGCAGAGUAUUGAAAAGAGAAAAACGAAAGGAAAGGAUGUUGGAAAGAAGAUGCCAACGGCACAACACUGUCCCCAACACGACCGUAUCCCCCUACCACCAAUCUCCGAACACUUACGAGAAGAGCGUCGAAAUUGGCUUCGCGACGUGGGAAAAAUGGCGAUAAUCACUCCAGAAACGCCCGUCUCAAUAUGUAUGUACACAACGAUAAAUGCACCAGUGGGCGUGGCUUCGUGUGACUUCUCAGACGAUUCGAGCUUCAUUGCGAUGGGUCUAUCGGACUCAUCGAUAGUCAUCAACGCGAUGGAUCCGAUGAAUAAAAUGAAAAAAUUGAGAGAUAUGGAAUUUUUGGAAAAAAUCGAUAUCGAGACGGCCGACAAUGUUCACGCGCAAAUGUUUGAUCUACAAGGAUCCCAGUCGAGUGUACGGUACACGGGACACGGUGGACCAGUGUUCUCUGUGAAUUUCUCACCCGAUCGACGACUUCUUCUCUCCUCAUCUGGAGAUAAGACAAUCCGAUUGUGGAGUAUGGAUGCUCAAAGAAAUGUCGUCAUUUAUAGGUGUCCGGCGAUGGUUUGGCAGGCUCAAUUCUGCAACCGCGGUUACUACUUCGCGACAGCAAGUGCCGACAAGACGGUUUCAAUGUGGUCAACAGACCGUAUGACACCUCUUCGAAUGUUUCCAGACGCAUAUGGAGAUGUCUCGUGUAUUGACUACCACCCGAACUGUAAUUAUAUCGCAGGCGGUUCAGACGAUCGAUACGUCCGUGUAUGGGACGUGUGUUCCGGUACGAGAGUACGCUUAUUCGGUGGUCAUAAAGCGUCGAUUAUUGGGGUGAAAUUCUCACCGUGUGGACGAUAUAUUGUCUCGUUGGAUAUUAUUGGAAAUCUAAUGGUUUGGGAUUUGGCUUAUCAGAGAUUAGUCGCUGCAGAGGUCACCGAGCAGAAGGGAACUAAGGGUCACAUCUCAUUCACACGUGACGGUGGCGUGUUCGCAGUCUCUCAUGGAAAUGCGAAUAUUCAAUUGUACUCUUUGGAUAAUUUGACGAGUUCCGUCCAAUCGACCGGAGCACAUAAUGAUGCUUUCAUGGAGCCGAAAAUAAACAUGGAGGGAUUCCAAAUCGGAUCGUACCCCACAAAACAGACCGCCGUCAUCGGUCUCCACUUCACUCGCCGCAAUCUUCUCCUCGGUUUCGGCUGUUUCGGACAAUAA